AUGGCGCGGGCUAUGCUGCAGGACUGGUGCAGGUGGAUGGGCGCCAAUGAGCAGCGCUCACUGCUCAUCCUGGGCAUCCCUGAAGACUGCCCGGAAGAUGCAUUCCAGGAGGCGGUGCAGGCUGCCCUGUGGCCCGUGGGCAGGUACCGAGUGCUGGGCAAGAUGUUCAGAAAGGAACUCGGGGCCAGAGUCGCUUUGGUGGAGUUUGCUGAAUAUUUAAACCGAAGCUUGAUCCCCCGACAGAUACCAGGCCAUGGGGGUCCGUGGACUGUGAUCUUCCUGCCCCAGGCCCCCGAUGCUGAGUUACAGGACAGCCCCGAUUUCCCUGCUCAGCCCCAGGGCCAAGCAGUGGCAGGGGCUGUGGGUGAGACAGGGGCUACAGGAGCUGUGGGUGUGGCAGGAGCUGCAGGGGAGGCAGGGACUGCAGGGGAGGAAGGCGCCUUUGAGGCAGCAGGAGGGACACUUGGGGCAGGAGGAUGGAGCCGGCAGUGGAGCCAGGCCCUGCAGCCUGUACUGGAAACCAUGGCCUACCAGGAACUGAGAACCUUUUCAGGGACGCAAGAGCCAGGCCGUGAGGCAGAGUCCUUCGAGAGCUGGCUGGACCAUGCCAAUGACAUGCUGUACCUGUGGCGCCACAUAUCAGAGAGGGAGAGGAGGAGGAGGCUGGUGGAGAGCUUGAGCGGCCCCGCCCUGGAUCUCAUGUGCGGGCUCCUGGAAGAACAUCCGGACACCCCUGCACAGGACUGCCUGGCCACGCUCGUGCAGGCGUUUGGGAACAAGGACACCAAGGUGUCCGCGAGGCUGAAGUUCCUGACUUGCUCCCAGCGGCCUCGGGAGACUCUCUUUGCCUACGUGAUGCGCCUGGAAGGCCUGCUGCAGAUGGCCAGGGAGAAGGGAGCGAUCCACCGAGCUAUCGCAGACCAGCUGCGAGCCCGGCAGGUGCUGAUGCGGGCCCGGCCGAACCAGAUACUCCAGAACAACCUGAGGAGGAUGCAGCUGGAGAGGAGGCUGCCUGGCUUCGUGGGGCUGCUGCGGCUUGUCCGGGAGACUGAGGCAGCUGAUGCUGAACCUGCCUCUGCCAUUGAUGAGACCUCCCAGGCCUCCCCUGCCAAUGAAGAUGCCGGUGAGCCUGCUCCUGACCCUGAGCACCCCGCUGAGGCUACCCCUGCUGCUGAUGCUGCCACAAAGGCAGGCGCUGGCACUGGCACGGAAGAGGCCAAGGUCUCCCCUGCCACCCAGGAAGGAGACAAUGCUUCUGCCUCUGCAGGCCUAAGCCAGGCAGGUUCCACAGAGGCUCCUGGAGGCCCCACCGCAGCCCAGAUGGGCAGGGCUUCUGAGGAAGGCCCAGGGGUGCCUGGCUGGGGGCUGGAGAGCCUCACCAGGGCAGGAGAGCAGGAGGCCACUGAGGAGCCCACACUGGAGGAGCUCCAGGCCAUCCUGGAGGAGUCGGGAAACGAGGAUGGGGCAGGGGAGAGGAGUCACUCCGAGUCCUUUCUAGGCAAAUAG